AGUCAUCCACGAGCUCAAAGACACUGCUCACUCUGGAAUGGUUACUCAAGGAGAACAUUUUGGACUAAUAUUACAAUUGAGUAGUACAACAGUAAUUGCUAUACUACACUUAAUGUAAAAUAGGAGUAAAAAUAAUAAAAACGAGUUACCGGCUUCAUUAUCAAUACCCGAUAUAGUGCGAUAUUAGUAAAUCAUCAAAUCGAUGACAUGAGGAGUCAAGUUGAAGGCGUGUGAAGUGCGAUGUGAUAAAAGCGCGCGGGGGCAGCGCGCGCCGCCAGUACCGAGCUCACCUGUACGCCGUGCGCAGGCGCCGUUUUUGCGCGCCGCGAUACGAACGCGAUACUUCACGCUCACACGCAACCCCGCGCCCCCACCCAUACACUAGUUAAUCUGACCAGGACAUCAGCUGUCCGACUCUAACAUAUAGUGAAUGUGCACUUGUACGACUCGGCCUGGAGGACUUACUGCCGAAAUAGGACCUCGCCGGUCUGACAGAUCGAUCACUCAGAUAAGCUAAGCGAACGGAAGACAAAAUUGCCUCGGAAAAUUGUACCUAGUUUAAGAAAUCGACACAAUGGCGCUAGGGAUAAUGCUACAAGCUAUAAGCGAUUUUCAAUAUUAUAUGGACAAAUAUGGAGAUCCUAGGACAAAUCCAUGGUUCCUGAUGAGUUCCCCAUUUCCUACAUUAUUAAUAUGUCUAAGCUAUGUCUAUCUAGUCAAGGUUUUAGGACCACGAUUUAUGGAGAAUAGAAAACCCUAUGAACUAAAAAAUGUUCUAAUAUUAUAUAACUUCUUACAAGUAAUAUUCAGUGCGUGGCUUUUUUAUGAGAUCGGAGCUGCUGGCUGGUUCACAGGCAGGUAUAACUUUCAAUGUCAGCCGGUCGACCACUCCAAACAUCCACAAACAAUGAGGAUGGUUCACGCAUGUUGGUGGUACUACUUUUCCAAGUUCACUGAAUUCUUUGAUACGAUCUUCUUUGUACUGAGAAAGAAGUUUGACCAUGUAUCAACACUACACGUGAUCCACCACGGCGUGAUGCCGAUGUCAGUGUGGUUCGGCGUCAAGUUCACGCCUGGCGGUCAUUCCACAUUCUUCGGCUUGCUCAACACCUUCGUACAUAUUAUUAUGUACAGCUACUACAUGCUGGCUGCUAUGGGACCCCACAUGAGGAAAUACCUGUGGUGGAAGAAGUACCUCACUACUUUACAAAUGGUUCAAUUCGUCGGCAUUAUGGUGCAUGCAUUCCAGCUGUUGUUCAUCGAAUGCGACUACCCUCGCGCUUUCGUCUGGUGGAUCGGCAUGCACGCCGUCAUGUUCUUCUUCCUUUUCAAAGACUUCUACAACCAGUCCUACUCCAAACCUAAGGUUCGCGCCCGAUCACCUCAACCAGAGACGACAGAAAUAAAAGACAUAACAUACAAGAACGGUUCGCUGAAGAACGGCUUCACCAACGGGCACACGAACGGCACGUUCGCGCGGUCCCGUACCGUGCUGCCGGCCGGCAACUGACGGCGGACAAGGCGCCCACCUUAGCAUUCCGUAGUACUCUGUGAUUCAUAGCCUGAAAUUAUUACGGGACGUUAAUAUUUCUUAUUUAAUGCGUGGACCUUCGGGGUAAAGGUGUCGGAUGUAUAGAGGGAUGCGCGAGCGCAGGUCCGGCCUCUCGCCACGUCGCCUCGUCAAUAAUAACCCUAGAAGUAGUGGUACAUGUGAUUUGUCUAGUGUACAUACAGUUAGGCGGUAUCAAUGGUGUAAAUUUUAUUUUAUUGAUGUAAAUGUAUAGCUAGAUUUGUGAUCGCAUAGCGUUUUAUACUUUUAUUAUUAGAGUUAGAGUUUAGAGACCUCUAAAAGAAUACAGUCAUAAUACUUACAGACACAUGUAGUUUAUACAUGGUGCUUAAAUGAGAUAAUAUUAUUUAUGAUUAUGAGCUUGUAAACAUUAAAACUAACAUUUUCACUAGAUUAUAAUGAUUAUAAACAAUGUUAUUAUAGUUUAUACUUAAUUGUUUACCUCGCAUCAAUGGUAACGCUCUGCGAAAGUCGCUCUUAUUGCUCACAGAAUAAAAGAUGCCAGUGUACUUUACCUUUGAUGUGUGGUUAAUUCGAAAACAUGACCAUAUUUUAUCAAAUGUUAUUAGAUGAAUAUGAAAUUGUAGUUAAUUGUAAUUAUAUUAUGUUACAUCUAAAAUCUUUACCUAAUUGGGUCACUUCAAAAAUAUACAAUAAUAACAAUGUGAAACGCAAUAAUGUAUAGUAUGAUAGAGUUCCACACAUUUUAUAGAAUACUUAAAUAAAUGCUUAAAGUUAAUGGCAGCGAAAAUGUUCAAUGGAAUAGUCUUAAAUAGGAAAUAAUAGCUUUGAUUGUAGUGCUAAAAUGUUAAUAAGAAUCAGUGUUUAGUUUUAAGUAUUGAUCAGUAUUUUUACAAGCUCAUGAUUAUCAAGGCUUAUUCACGAUUAGAUCAGAAUGGAUUUUUAUACCUUUUGGCGGAAGCCACCAAAUUGAAUAUACAUGAUGAUUUAUCAACGCCGUUUGCCUUUUUGUGUAUUUAUAACACAGGUGUUAAUAUUUCGAUGACAACUUUUUAUUGUUGUUUAUUUUGACGUGAUUAUUAGUUUUUUUUUUUCUAUUUUAAGUACAACAAACUGUAUUUUAAUUUCGACCGAAUGUUCAAUUUAGGUUUAGAUUACUAUGACACUAAAGUGGUUGUGUUGGUUAUUUAUUUUGUUUAAUUUAUCUUUUAUUUAUACCAAAAUUAUGUAUAUUAGAUCAAAUCGAUAACGGGUUUUAUAGCAGUAGCUUUCAAACUUCCUUUUAGUCUUCCGUUUUGUUUUGUACUUACCAAAAUUAAAGGUGCUUUUUGUACUCCGAAUAUUCUGCUUUUGUUAGCAGCCAUGCAGCUGAAGCUCACCAUUUUGUAAAUAUAAAUUUUGUUUCAUUUAUCAUAUAGAAAUCAAUUUAUGUACCUAUUGUAAUUUUUAUACAAAAAUAUGCAAUUAAACUAUAAGUGUAAUAUUA